AUGGUAUGACAUUUGUGAUAUAAUCCUGAAUAGUCUGUGCCAGUGUAGCUAGUGCCAAUAAUUAGAGAGAUUGAUAAUAAUACAAGUAGUUGAUCAGAUUGAUAAUAAUACAAGUGGUUGCAUCCGUAAAUUCAGGUAGUUGUAUCCCUAUCAAUCCAAAGUUGUCUGACAUUUUUUGUUACUUUCACUCUUUUCAGAUAAUAAAUGGUGAAGAGUGGCCGCCUUAUUUAAAGGAUGUCGACAAUGUUACGAUGCAGUAUCCACCCAAUACACCGGAGGAUCGAAAAUUCGCCAUUGGUCACCCUUUCUACUGCAUGCUGCCCGGACUAUUCAUGUACGCUACAAUUUGGCUGAGGGAGCAUAAUCGUGUUUGCACUAUCCUGAGAAAGGAACAUCCACACUGGGACGACGAAAGACUGUACCAAACAGGCAAACUCGUUAUCACUGGUGAGAUUCAUCGUAAAAUUUGAAUAAACCGGUCAGGUCCGCUCAGUGUAUAUACUAACCUGAGUAUCAGGCUCUAUUUUACAAAUAGAGCCUGACACAAAACUUAACCUGAUCGCUUUCCACCCACAGCAAAGUUUAUAUUUAGUAUCCAAUCAAAAUGUCGCAGGAGAAAUUUAAAUUUCACACAACGACAACAACAAUCUAAUUAUAGCAUAGGCAGCCCACUAAACGGCUGAAUUUAAAUUAAAACUGCAAUGAACUUAUAAAAUUAACAAAAAUAAUCGCAAAUUAGCGAAAUAUAUUGCAAAUGUAGCUUAUAUUAAAUCACCACCCGAUUGCUCUCUCCUCCGCAGAGGUUUCAGUCAAUCAGUGACUACAAUGAGCUUUACUAACAUGGCGCUUACCGUAUUUAUCAACAAACUGAUUUUCUAAUUAUAAAGUAUAUAUAUAUUAAGUAUACUUUAUAACUAUACGUCAGUCGAUAGUGCAAUCUGAUGGCGAUUUAAUAUAAGCUACAUUUGCAAUAUAUUUCGCUAAUUUGCGAUUAUUUUCUAAUUUUACUGCAGUUUUAAUUUAUAUUCAGCCGUUUAGUGGGCCGGCUAUAAUUGUAGUUGUGAUCGUUAUAAAAUAUAUCAACAACAAUAGUAUAAUCUAAUUAGCACCAGCCAAUCAAAUGACAGAUUUAAAAUAUCGUUUGUCUAAUCGGCCAAUCAGACGAAAAAGCCAGAAUCUGGCUUUUUACAUGCGCCGCGGUAAAGAAUUGUAUCAGGCCCUCCUUCAUUCGCCGCCGCCAAUUAAUCCUGGCGAAUGAAAACAUAAGGGCCUGAUACUCAGGUUAUGUAUAUACGAAGUCUUUGAUCCACUUCUUUUGACAGAUUUUCACCACUAUAUUUGUAUGAUGGACGAGGCUAGGAGUGAAAGAUUAAUUUAUGAUUAAUCUAUUCCAUUUUUUGUCAUAUCACUACGUCACUACGAUGUAAAGUGCAUCAUCGACUGUGUUUACGUGUGAACGCCCUCACAGAGAAUUCCCAUGCCCGGAACGGAUUUGACCGCCUCUAUAAGAUUAAUGCGACCUAUGCCAUGAAUCGAUUAGUUUCCAAACCAUAAUCUUUAAUGGAGAAUUUUUUUACCAUUGCUAACGAUUCUUUAUUAUAUAAAGUAUAGUGCUUUAUAGAGAUUUCGAGCACUGAUAAAAGUGAUAAUCUCACAUGUGAGAUUAUUCAUGAUAAUCUCACAUGUGAAAAUUAUCGCUUUUCAAUUAUCGCUUUUCUGCAAAAAUUAUCGCUUUUCAAAGACUGUCCUUUAUAUAAUAAACAGAAAAAUACACGAGUGCUUGGAAAUACCAGAUUUAUUUCUCGUGUUGAACAUGAUAUCUCACUCGUUCGCUGCGCUCACUCGUGAGAUAUCAUGUUCAACACGAGAAAUAAAUCUGGUGUUUCCGCGCACCCAUGUAUUAUUCUCUAUAUAAUUCUUCUUAUAUUAGGUGAAGUGAUCAAAAUUGUGAUUGAAGAUUACGUUAACCACUUGGCUAACUAUAACUUAAAGCUCAAAUACAACCCAGAAUUAGUGUUUGACCAUGGUUAUGAUUACAACAAUCGCAUUCACUUGGAGUUCAAUCAUAUGUACCAUUGGCACCCUUUUAGUCCCGACGAGUUCGAUAUCAGUGGCACAAAGUACUCCAUAAGUGAAUUUAUGUACCAUCCAGAAAUUGUCGUCAAACAUGGGAUGAGCUCCUUUGUAGACUCGAUGUCCAAGGGCUUAUGUGGAAAGGUAAUCAUGUAACUAUUUAAGAAAUAGAAAGCGAAUCGCGUGUGUUUAUGGUGUGUUAAUUCUUGAUUGAGUCGGUUUUCUUCCAUGUACCGAGGUGAUUAUUUUUAAUAAUCACUUUGAAUAUUAAUUAGCUGAAAAGAUGAAGGAAAACUCAGAAAAUCGUCGUUCAAAGCAGACGAAACUUUGUUUGAAAACCUCCUCAAUCAAGAAUUAAAUAUGAUAAACACCUCUCGCAAGUCGGGAUUUAUGUGAGAUAAUGUCCUCGGACCCUGCGCGUCCUCGUGUCAUUAUCUGACAUAAGUCCCUCCUUCUCGGUGUUUAUCUUAUACAUAAUGCAUGCAGGGAAUGUUGAGAGAAUAUGGAAAAAGUGUGCAAAACACGAGGCGUAGCUGAGUGUUUCAUACGCUUCUCGAGUAUUCACUCAACAUUGCCUGAGUGCCUUAAACACAUGAGACGAGUUUUUCUAUUUCUUUUAUAAUAUAAUAUAAGUAGAAGAUAUUACAUUGUAAACAAUUUUACUCAAAAGAUCAACUUUGAAAUUCUCCUAGCAUUCAGUGACGUCACGCGCAUGCUUUUACUGUCACAAAAAAUCUUGAUAACAUUUUGAUGCUGAAGUUGCAGAGAAACUGUUUAAAAUGCUGGAGGGGGACCCAGUGAUACACAGACUAACUUGCUAAUCUUUUUCAGUAUUUGGGCUGCUGGAUUUGCCAUGAAAGACAAAUCGUAGGUUUCGUCGUGUUGCUCAGUUUUAAUUCUUGAAAUUAUUGUCUCUUUGCCUUUCGCCAAAAAUAUAUCUACCAUUUCUAUCAAAAGCAUUGAAGGUACUUUGUAAAUCACUUGUGUUCAGUUUUUGUUGCCUUUUUCUAUGUUUUUGGUGUUCCCGUGUAUCUUUUUCAAGGUUUUUCUCGGCUAUUUGCAUGCUUUUGCCCAAAACGUGUCGAGGCCAAGCCAGUUAAUUUUACUGUUUAUACACGUAAAACUAUUCAUAACAUUGCUUUGUUCCUUAGGUAUAUUCCUUCUUGUUUUCUGAAAAAUGUUGUAUUUUAUUAAAAGCUCUAUAGUUUUGUUUAUAUUUUUUACUAAAAAGCAGAGGAAAAACACAGAAAGAGCAAGGCAGUGCCACAGAACACAGUGCAUUGUUUAUUGCGUCACAAUGCACGCGCAUUAGCCAAUCAAAUUGUUUAUUUAUUUAUUUAUUUAUUUAUUUAUAUAACUUCGCCAUUUGAUAAAUUUACACAAAAUGACAUGUAUGCAAUGCAACGGAAGCGGGGGGAGCAAACGUUUUUAGUUGCGGCGUCCUAAAUGUCUUUAGGCUCUCCACCCACUUUUCAACAAUGGUUAACGUAUAAACCAUUGUGUUGGUUGAUAUUAUUUCAGUUACGCGUGUAGACAAAACAAUUUGUGAUAUUUCAUGAGAUUCUGUUACCUGUAGAACUCUGUAAAUCCCCUUCUAAAGUGCAGGAAAUGGCAUUUCAUUUCUAAGUGUGCCCAAUACAAUACAAACAAUAUAAUACGAGACAGUAUAUUAUAUAUAUAGUAUAGUGCAAUAUAUACAGUACAAUGCAAUAAUAUUUUAAGCAACAGAUGGCUGGGACACCACAACGGUGUCAACAGUUAAAACCAAUUACUACAUGUGAGCCCUAUGUGCUAGAUAAAACAUAAGCAGCCGAUCUGUAUUUGAUAUACAAUUAAAAUUGAAUUAAAAAUGACCCAUCUUAUGAGUUUAUUGGCAAAGUAAUUUUAAAAAUAAACAUUGUCUAAGCCAAGAAAAUCAAAGCUGAAAUUUAUGUAAAUCAGGACAAAUCUUUAUCCGAUUUACAAACAUUGAUUAAAUAUUCAUUUCUUUGGUAUUUUCCUCGUGAAUUAUUAAUGAAUUUUUAAAAUAUAUAUAUUAACUAGAAACAGCAAUUUAUAACUGACUGUUCAAACUACAACAAGGGUUACAGGAUUUCCACGUUUUUGGAUCCUCUGCAUCAUAACUAUAUGCAGGGCUUCCAAAUAAUAGUUCCGCAGCAAUCUUUUCAAUGUACUUAAAAACAUAUUUGGCUGUCUUAAGUUUGUUGGAAGACAGUUCCAAACUCUUGUGGCUUGGGUAAAAUAUGAUUUUUGGAAGGUGGUAGUCAUUUUUGUGGACGGAACAACAACUAGGUGGUAUUGGAUGAUGGGGUUACUCGGGUGGGAAUAAUAGGUUGAGGUAGAACAUCUUUAUAUACGUGGAUCAGACCAUUUACAGCUUUAAAAAAGAACACAAGAUCCAUAUAUACUCGUACCAGCUUAUGAUAGUGGUAUCAGUUCCAAACUUAUCAGCCUGUCGCGGUAGGACUCGUCUUUGUUGGCUUUCGCACAACGUUCUAAAACAUGCUUGGUCCAUGUGAGAUCACUGGCGACCCAAGGCGGAAUUUUCCUUUGUCUUCUGAUUCUCGGGUGGAACUAAUUAUAAAAAAGACAAAGAAAAAUUCCGUUCCGAGCGCAAAAUUUCGCCUAGUGCAAAACUGGCUUUACACUGCAUGCACUUUCCACAUCCGCACCUAGCACCUUACCUGUACAUGAGGAAAUAACAUCCUCUUUACCUGAAGCGAAGCACACGAUUUAUGAUUAUAUGCAUGGUCAUUUUUAGAUGUCACAUCAUAACCAUGGGAAGUAUACAUUGGAAGUUGGUGUUGAAGUUAUAAAGCAUCAACGUGAACUGAGAAUGCAGUCCUUCAACAAUUAUCGUAAACAUUUUGGUCUGGAG